AUGGGAUCCCUAGGGAGGAUUCUCUCUCUGUAUGUGCUGUGUCUCUACGGUUGGCAAGAGGAGGAUGACCCACAAGACUUCAUGCUUCUGUACCCACAAGACUUCAUGCAAUCACUUAGUAAGGGACCUAAGCACCAAGCACUCAGCAAUUCCAUCAGGGAUUGAUUAUUUUGACUGCAGUCAUCCCCUUCCCAUGGGCUCCAGGGACUACUUCUAGUACCUUCAGAGUCAAGGAGUAACUCAUUUUAAAGUGCCCCUGUCCUGGGCUCACCUCUUACUUACAGGUGACCCCAGCCAGUCCAGUCAGCGUACAUUGUCCUGCUAUCAGACCUUCCUGGAGCAGCUAGUGGAAGUAGGCCUCAAACCCCUUAUGGUCUUACAUCGCUCUGCUUCUUUAACAGAGGCCCUUAGAUCCAGAUAUGGGGGCUAGGAAAGCCCAGAGCUGCCAGAGGUCUUUGAGCAAUAUGCUGAAUUAGUUGUUUUGACGUAUGGAGAACUGGCACACUCCUGGGUGAUGCGGAGCCAUCUUGAAGAGCUGAGGGAUGCAGGGAAGCUGCUGCUAAAACAUGCCCUCCAUGCCCACACCAAUGUGUACAAUCUCUUCCAUCGCUUGUUUCCUGGCAAAGGUACUGUAAGAGCUGAAUAUUGAAAGAGUAUGAAGGACACAUGGCCAAAUAAAUAAAUAAAAGAGAAACAUAUAUAUAGGGUUAUUUUUUUUAACUUUAUCAAUGCAACAAAUGUAUCACCUAUUUCCUUUGAUCACAUUUUAGAAUUCAAAGAGAUGACUGAUACAUGUGUCAUACUUAGGAUGUUAACAGGAUAACAUGAAUAUUUACAGUGCAAUGCUAUUUAUUUGCAAGGUGCAAUCUUAAAUACAUGUAUAUUCCUGUGAGCAUCUCUCUUGAACAGAAAAUCAGGUCAUACAUUUUGUAAAAUGUAAUGAAUUAUACACACAGGGCUCUAUUUUCGGCUGCCGUUAAGGUGGCACGCUCUUUGGCAAUUUUGACUUGUAAAAGCCAGCACUCUGCUACAGUUGAAGUCGGAAGUUUACAUACACUUAGGUUGGAGUCAUUAAAACUAGUUUUUCAACCACUCCACACAUUUCUCGUUAACAAACUAUAGUUCUGGCAAGUCGGUUAGGACAUCUACUUUGUGCAUGACACAAGUAAUUUUUCCAACAAUUGUUUACAGACAGAUUAUUUCACUUAUAAUUCACUGUAUCACAAUUCCAUUGGGUCAGAAGUUUACAUACACUAAGUUGACUGUGCCUUUAAACAGCUUGGAAAAUUCCAGAAAAUGAUGUCAUGGCUUUAGAAGCUUCUGAUAGGCUAAUUGACAUCAUUUGAGUCAAUUGGAGGUGUACCUGUGGAUGUAUUUCAAGGCCUACCUUCAAACUCAGUGCCUCUUUGCUUGAUAUCAUGGGAAAAUCGAAAGAAAUCAGCCAAGACCUCAGAAAAAAAAUUGUAGACCUCCACAAGUCUGGUUCAUCCUUGGGAGCAAUUUCCAAACGCCUGAAGGUACCACGUUCAUCUGUACAAACAGUAGUACGCAAGUAUAAACACCAUGGGAACAUGCAGCCGUCAUACUGCUCAGGAAGGAGACGCGUUCUGUCUCCUAGAGAUGAACGUACUUUGGUGCGAAAAGUGCAAAUCAAUCCCAGAACAACAGCAAAGGACCUUGUGAAGUUGCUGGAGGAAACAGGUACAAAAGUAUCUAUAUCCACAGUAAAACGAGUCCUAUAUUGACGUAACCUGAAAGGCCGCUCAGCAAGGAAGAAGCCACUGCUCCAAAAACGCCAUAAAAAAGCCAGACUACGGUUUGCAACUGCACAUGGGGACAAAGAUUGUACUUUUUGGAGAAAUGUCCUCUGGACAAUGACCACAAGCAUACUUCCAAAGCUGUGGCAAAAUGGCUUAAGGACAACAAAGUCAAGGUAUUGGAGUGGCCAUCACAAAGCCCUGACCUCAAUCCUAUAGAACAUUUGUGGGUAGAACUGAAAAAGUGUGUGCGAGCAAGGAGGCCUACAAACCUGACUCAGUUACACCAGCUCUGUCAGGAGGAAUGGGCCAAAAUUCACCCAACUUAUUGUGGGAAGCUUGUGGAAGGCUACCCGAAACGUUUGACCCAAGUUAAACAAUUUAAAGGCAAUGCUACCAAAUACUAAUUGAGUGUAUGUAAACUUCUGACCCACUGGGAAUGUGAUGAAAUAAAUAAAAGCUGAAAUAAAUAAUUCUCUCUACUAUUAUUCUGACAUUUCACAUUCUUAAUAUAAAGUGGUGAUUCUAACUGACCUAAAACAGGGAAUUCUUACUAGGAUUAAAUGUCAGGAAUUGUGAAAAACUGAGUUUAAAUGUAUCUGGCUAAUGUGUAUGUAAACUUCCGACUUCAACUGUAUGUUCCAACCCUGGCACCAGUCUUGGUAAUUUAACUGUCUUAUAUCAGCUCACUAUUUUAAGUGUGUCGUGGAAGGGGUAGAAAUAUUUGACCAAUGUGCCAAUUUCAAGCAGCGCUACUAGUGAUAGUUAAGACUCACCAAAAGCAGAUCUUAGCGGUAUGCAAUUGGUUAUGGCAGUAGCCUAAUCAGUAGCCUAUAACCAAUGCUUUUUUCUGUUUUGUCUUUAUAUUGGACAUUAUAUUUGUCCAUUAAUGUUGUCCGGCUACCUGGACUAUUUGCACUGACUCUCUUGCACUGACUCUAUGCACACUCACUGGACUCUACCCACACACAACAUAUACUUAAUCUGACACUCCAACAUACCCAUACACACACACACUACAUACGCUGUCACACACAAAACAGGCAGGCGAAGAAUAUUCCCAUUAUCUUAUAUGAGAUGGAUAUCAAGGGCUGUUUCUUCAACCAAUUCAAGCCACUCGCCAAUGUCCUGAAAGGUAACCGCUGUCCACAAUCAGACAUAAACACGUGGUACUUUGAAUUACAAAAUUCUUAUCUGCCUGUUUAUUAUCUCUGUUUACUGCCAUAAGACACUGACCUGCUGGGUACACAUGGGGAGCAAUAAAAAUAAUGAUCUUGUAAAGCCACUCUGUGUUGUAUAAGCUGUAAAAUAAAACACUUUAUACAUGCACACCAUCCCAGAGAUAUGAUUGAGUCCAGUUGUUGAUGGGCAGAGACAGAUAUGUUGCUCUCUGUCACUGCAUGAGGGAGACUGAGAGUGUGAGGCAGGAGUUGGGAAUCUGGGACCCAAGUUAACUGCGUGUGAUUGGCUGACCCCACGGUGUGAUAAGGCCCCUGGCAACAAUGACCCCUGGCAACCAAUCGGUGGCCAGGGUCCUAGGUGUGAAAGGCAAGAUAACGACCCCCCUGGCCUGCUUGGCUCCAGUGGGGGAGGGGAGCCUGCUGCAGGAGUUAGAAAGUUAUAGUUUGUCUCUGAAGGGCUGUGAGAUAGUGUGCUAAAAUUCACCGGCAAAAAGUCUUCCAUACCAGGCAGAUGAUGCAGUGCUAGACACUUACAAUCUGUAGAGGAGUAUCAUAACUCCUUCCUCAACCUACCAAAAAGUCUGGAAUUAGUUUGGCCUCCUGUCUUCAUCCGAGCGGAACAUCCUCCCAAGGGCGUCUUUUCCUGAUGGCUUCCAGUGAGCCACUUCCAGUGAGUCCUUCAAGGUUAAGGGCGGCUGGUCUGAGGAUGGGAAGGGCGAGACCAUUUGGGACCGCUUUGGCCAUAAGAACAAAGCUUUUGAUAAUCAGACUGCAGACCUGGCUUGUGACAGUUACCACAAAGUGGACAAUGACGUCUACCUCCUUAGGGAUCUCCUCGUCAAAACCUAACAGUUCUCUAGCUCCUGGGCUCGCAUUAUCCCCUCCGGCCAUCAGGGGAGCCACUCUGAAGAAGGAGCACAUUACUAUGACAGCCUGAUCAACGCGUUGAUAGAGCGGGCAUAGAACCUGCUGUGACCCUGCACCACUGAGAUCUUCCUCAGGCACUCCAGGAAUAUGGAGACUGGACCAAUGUUUCCAUUGCAGAAGCCUUCAAAGGCUAUGCAGACUUCUGCCUCUCCAGGUUUGGAGAUAGGUUUAGGACCUUCAGUAGCCCCUGGGUGGUCAGCCAUGCUGGGUACGGUUACGGGUCAGCAUCCCACUGGAAUAAAGGACUCCUACCAGAUGAAUGAACUACUCUAAAGAAUUGAGAUUCACCAAUUGUUGAUUACUGACUACAAACUAGUUAACUUUCAAAUGAAGUAUUGUGAAUGUUGUCCCUUGACUAACUUUAAUUUACUGCAGUGGGCUAAAUCAGGGUCACACGGAGUGUUUCUUGGUAGUCUUAAACCAAUCUACUUUGAAACAAAAGUAUACACCUCACACACAUAGUUAUGGUCUUACAAAAAAGUAGACACCUGUACCAUGUCAGAUAUAGAGUUGAAAUGUAUUCAAUAAUUUUGAGUUAGCAUCCCAAUAUCACACUUUAUAUACAUCACAGAAGACUGAAAUAUUAAAACUACAAAACUUAAAUAUUACAUUUACAUAAGUAUUCAGACCCUUAACUCAGUACUUUGUUGAAGCACCUUUGGCAGCGAUUACAGCCUCAAGACUUCUUGGGUAUGACGUUACAAGCUUGUAUUUGUGGAGUUUCUCCCAUUCUCCUCUGCAGAUGUUCUCAAGCUCUGUCAGGUUGGAUGGGGAGCGUCGCUGCACAGCUAUUUUCAGGUCUCUCCAGAGAUGUUCGAUCGGGUUCAAGUCCGGGCUCUCCCUGGGCCACUCAAGGACAUUCAGAGACCUGUCCUGAAGCCACUCCUGCAUUGUCUUGGCUGUGUGCUUAGGGUCGUUGUCCUGUUGGAAGGUGAACCUUCGCCCCAGUCUGAGGUCCUGAGCACUUGAGUAGGUUUUCAUCAAGGAUCUCUGUACUUUUCUCCGUGCAUCUUUCCCUCAAUCCUGACUAGUCUCCCAGUCCUUGCCGCUGAAAAACAUCCCCACAGCAUGAUGCUGCCACCACCAUGCUUCACCGUAGGGAUGGUGCCAGGUUUCCUCCAGACGUGACGCUUGGCAUUGAGGCCAAAGAGUUAAAUCUUCGUUUCAUCAGACCAGAGAAUCUUGUUUCUCAUGGUCUGAGAGUCCUUUAGGUGCCUUUUGGCAAGCUCCAAGCGGGCUGUCAUGUGACUUUUACUGAGGAGUGGCAUCCUUCUGGCAACUCUACCAUAAAGACCUGAUUGGUGGAGUGCUGCAGAGAUGGUUGUCCUUCUGGAAGGUUCUCCCAUCUCCACAGAGGAACUCUAGAGCUCUGUCAGAGUGACCAUCAGGUUCUUGGUCACCUCCCUGACCAAUGCCCUUCUCCCCCGAUUGCUCAGUUUGGCCAGAUGGCCAGCUCUAGGAAUAAUCUUGGUGGUACCUAACUUCUUCCAUUUAAUAAUGAUGGAGGCCACUGUGUUCUUGGGGACCUUCAAUGCUGCUGACAUAUUUUGGUACCCUUCCCCAGAUCUGUGCCUCGACAUAAUCCUGUCUUGGAAUGUCUACGGACAAUUCCUUCGACCUCAUGGCUUGGUUUUCGCUCUGACAUGCACUGUCAACUGUGGGACCUUAUAUAGACAGGUGUGUGCCUUUCCAAAUCAUGUCCAAUCAAUUGAAUUUACCACAGGUGGACUCCAAGUUGUAAAAACAUCUCAAGGAUGCUUAAUGGAAACAGGAUGCACCUGAGCUCAAUUUCAAGUCUCAUAAAUAUUAAUGUAAAUAAGGUAUUUCUGUUUUUUAUUUUUAAUACAUUUGCACAUUUUUUUAAAAAAAAAACUGUUUUUGCUUUGUCAUUAUGGGGUGUUGUCUGUAGAUUGCUGAGAAUAUAUAAUUUAAGGCUGUAACGUAAGAAAAUGUGGAAAAAGUCAAGGGGUCUGAAUACUUUCUGAAGGCAAUGCUUAGCGCUCUGAGAGAUAACCCCUAGAGUCUAUUGACGCAUCAGUGCGUCAAUCUAAGUAACAUAAUACAAAAUCCCCAUCAAAAUCUGUCAGUUUAAGCUACAGAUAUCUGGUUUGUUGCAUGGGCUGCGUCUCAAUCCACCGCAUCUGCCUAUGUUGUCCUUCCGCAUCUGCGGUGGAAAGUGUCAGAGCUACAGACCAGGAGACAUCAUGAAAAUUGGUCUUCUCACGAAAACGUCAGCAGCAUCUGAAUAUGAUUAAUAUGACUCUCACGAACGCAAUGGUGUUCUCCGUUUUGCUCUACGACCCACACAAGUGGGUAUGCUAAAUGGCAUAUUAUUAUAUAUUAUAUAUUAUUAUAUUAUUAUUAUUAUAUUAUUAUCACAAGUGUCAGGGGACUCUUCUAAAGGUAACCCAUACAAAUGAAUGGAAGUAUGGAGGUAGUUUUGUGCCAACAAAAAUAAGGGGUUAAAUAUGUGUAAAAAAUAUAUAUGUAUUUCCAUAGAGCCUUACCAUAUCUUUAGCUAGUUAAAGUAAUACUGUAGAUCCCUUGGUUGAGAGUCUACGAAGCUAUCUAGCUAGUAGCUAGCAUAGUAAAGACACUUAGCAAUUAAAUAUUAGCCAAGUAUCACUAUCUAUAUGCUGCUAUCCACUGCCACUGAGGACUUGCUAGUUUUCAAAUAUUGAAAGCUGUGGUUUACAUUUCAUAGUCGUCCUUUAGCUGAUUGAUCAGUUCUGGGUGUAAUUAGUUGCUAAUAAAGUAACUAACUGCUUAGCUGACAUUCCAUUUAAUUAAGUUAGGUCAUUAUUAAAUGCCUUAGCUAGCUAACAUUUCUUGGCUAAUAUUAACUUAAAGGCCCAAUGCAGCCGUUUUUGUCACACCCUAAUCUGUUUCACCUGUCUUGUGCUUGUCCCCCCCCCCCCCCCCCCCCCCCCCUCCAGGUGUCGCCCAUUUCCCCCAUUAUCCCCUGUGCAUUUAUACCUGUGUUUUCUGUUUGUUUGUUGCGAGUUCGUCUUGUCUUUUCAAGCCUACCAGCGUGUUUUUCCCGUACUCCUGUUUGCUCUAGUCCCUGUUAUCUAGUUCUCCCGGUUCCGACCUAUUCUGCCUGCCCUGACCCCGAGCAUGCCUGCCGUCCUGUAUCUAUCUGACUCUGACCUGGUUUACGAACUUCUGCCUGUCCUGACUCUGAGCCUGCCUGCUGCCCUUUACCUAUCAGACUCGGACCUGGUUACGAACCUCUGCCUGUCCUCGACCUGCCCCUUGCCUGCCUCCUGUGGUUUUAAUAAACAACUCUGUUUAUUGAACUUUCCGUCUCCUGUGUCUGCAUCUGGGUCAUAUCCUGAGUCGUGUUACUUUUUUAUAUCAAUAUCUAAUCAUUUCUGGGUAACAAUUAAGUACCUUACCGUAAUAGAUUUUCAUUAAACUGGGCAAAAAUAGUUUUUUUGCAAAAACAAUAAUUUUGUUAGGACUGUCCGGGAGUGGUCUGAGUGGGGAGGGGAAACCUUAAAACUAGCUGUUAUUGGCAGAGAGGUUUGUAACUCUCUUUGUUAUUUGUCUAUUAAAGCUGCAAUACAGUAUGCAACUUUUUGGGCGACCCAACCAAAUUCACAUACAGUAGCAAUGUCAGUUGCUACUGUCAAUUAAUCGUCUAAGAAGAGGUAGAUCUGUUCUUCGUUUUUGCGUCUUUAACUUUCGGUUUUGUACACCAGCUUUAAACAGCUGAAAAUACAAUAUUUUUCCUUAUUGAAAAUAUACACUGCUCAAAGAAAUAAAGGGAACACUAAAAUAACACAUCCUAGAUCUGAAUGAAUGAAAUAAUCUUAUUAAAUACUUUUUUCUUUACAUAGUUGAAUGUGCUGACAACAAAAUCACACAAACAUUAUCAAUGGAAAUCAAAUGUAUCAACCCAUGGAGGUCUGGAUUUGGAGUCACCCAAGAAAUUAAAGUGGAAAACCACAUUACAGGCUGAUCCAACUUUGAUGUAAUGUCCUUAAAACAAGUCAAAAUUAGGCUCAGUAGUGUGUGUGGCCUCCACGUGCCUGUAUGACCUCCCUACAACGCCUGGGCAUGCUCCUGAUGAGGUGGCGGAUGGUCUCCUGAGGGAUCUCCUCCCAGACCUGGACUAAAGCAUCCGCCAACUCCUGGACAGUCUGUGGUGCAACGUGGCGUUGGUGGAUGGAGCGAGACAUGAUGUCCCAGAUGUGCUCAAUUGGAUUCAGGUCUGGGGAACGGGCGGGCCAGUCCAUAGCAUCAAUGCCUUCCUCUUGCAGGAACUGCUGACACACUCCAGCCACAUGAGGUCUAGCAUUGACUUGUAUUAGGAGGAACCCAGGGCCAACUGCACCAGCAUAUGGUCUUACAAGGGGUCUGAGGAUCUCAUCUCGGUACCUAAUGGCAGUCAGGCUACCUCUGGCGAGCACAUGGAGGGCUGUGCGGCCCCCCAAAGAAAUGCCACCCCACACCAUGACUGACCCACCGCCAAACCGGUCAUGCUGGAGGAUGUUGCAGGCAGCAGAACGUUCUCCACGGCGUCUCCAGACUCUGUCACGUCUGUCACAUGUGCUCAGUGUGAACCUGCUUUCAUCUGUGAAGAGCACAGGGCGCCAGUGGCGAAUUUGCCAAUCUUGGUGUUCUCUGGCAAAUGCCAAACGUCCUGCACGGUGUUGGGCUGUAAGCACAACCCCCACCUGUGGACGUCGGGCCCUCAAACCACCCUCGUGGAGUCUGUUUUUGAUCGUUUGAGCAGACACAUGCACAUUUGUGGCCUGCUGGAGGUCAUUUUGCAGGGCUCUGGCAGUGCUCCUCCUGCUCCUCCUUGCACAAAGGCGGAGGUAGCAGUCCUGCUGCUGGGUUGUUGCCCUCCUACGGCCUCCUCCACGUCUCCUGAUGUACUGGCCUGUCUCCUGGUAGCGCCUCCAUGCUCUGGACACUACGCUGACAGACACAGCAAACCUUCUUGCCACAACUCGCAUUGAUGUGCCAUCCUGGAUGAGCUGCACUACCUGAGCCACUACCUGAGUCUCCGUCUCAUGCUACCACUGGAGUGAAAACACCGCCAGCAUUCAAAAGUGACCAAAACAUCAGUCAGGAAGCAUAGGAACUGAGAAGUGGUCUGUGGUCACCACCUGCAAAACCAGUCCUUUAUUGGGGGUGUCUUGCUAAUUGCCUAUAAUUUCUACCUGUUGUCUAUUCCAUUUGCACAACAGCAUGUGAAAUGUAUUGUCAAUCAGUGUUGCUUCCUAAGUGGACAGUUUGAUUUCACAGAAGUGUGAUUGACUUGGAGUUACAUUGUGUUGUUUAAGUGUUCCCUUUAUUUUUUUGAGCAGUGUAUUUCCCAGCGGUUUCAAUGGUACAAUGAUUCUCUACACUAUUGCUUGUUUUGCCACAUAAACUGAAAUUAGACUAACUGAAUUUGAGCAACCAGGAAAUGGCAGAGCGAUUUCUGCAUAUUGCACCUUAAUGCUUCUUACCAGGUGGCUGUGACCAUAUUUUACUACUGCAUGUUUCAUUUACCAGUAGUUUUAUUGAGAACAAACUUGAAAACAGAAAUUAAUAUUAACUUUUAGAAAACGAUGGUGCUGGGAAUCAACAAAAAGUAUUAAAAACAAUAGUAUGAAAAUGUAUGUCCUAUUGACAUGACAACACAGGCCCUUCUUGGUUUAUUUCAUACCUAACUGGUAGUAAUACACAUUUUACUUGUCAAGUAUAAUGAUUUACACAUUAUGUCAUAAUGUCUCUUCCCUUAAUACCAGAUUGAGGGCAGCUGGAGAGCACAUGGAAAGGGCCUGAGCAUAUGGGACAAGUUUGCCCACACUCCUUUUAGAGUUGACAGCGGGGACAUCGCUUGUGACAGCUACAAUAAGAUCGAUGAGGAUGUGGAGGUAUUGAAGAUGUUGAAAGCGUCACACUACCACUUCUCCAUAUGCUGUACCAGGGUGCUGCCUGAUGGCACCAACAAAUUCAUAAAUGAAGCCGGCCUCAACUACUACCAAAGAUUGCUGGAUGCACUGCUUGCUGCCAACAUCCAGCCUCAGGUGAGCCAGGCAUAUUUCCAUGGUCAAUAGUGAUAUUUUAGGACUGUAAUAUUCUGUGGGGUACCCUUUGUUAUAUAAUGCUAAUACUUACAGUAUACCUCCACAUAAUUAGCUAACAAUAGUAGUGAGACAGCGCUGCACUUGAACUUGUUUUAGUGCAUGACUGCCUUUUUACAAUACCAUUCUCGCACGCUAGCGAGUCCCUUAGAACUGUUCGCAAACGAUUACUACAUUACAGAGACACACACUAUUUCGGUUUUAUACCUUGAAAAUGAUGUGUGUAAUGGAACAUUCCAAGCACUCCUGAGGUUAGGGUGUGACAUUCUUAAUUCCACUCGGCUAACCCCUUUUUAUAUUUUUAUCCAUACUCUCCAGGUUACCCUCUACAACCAUGACAAAAAAAUUACACAUAAUAUACUGCUCUGUAUUUGCAUUACCCACCAAUAACAUCUGUUUUUACAGGCUUCCUGAGUUUACCCCUGCAGAGAUCCAGAGGAUCAAAAGCACCCAUGAUUCCUUUGGGUUCAACCACUGCUGUUCUGUUCUGGCAUUCCCUAAUGACCUAGGAAUGCAACAGGACUAUGAGGGAGAUAAGUAAGCUCUGGUCGAAGACAUAUUCAAUAGAAAGCUGAAUUACAUAAAAAAAUUGACAAAUUAUUUGAUUAUUACAGCCCACAUACCAAUGUGGGUUGAGCACCAAACAGAACAUAAAACACAAACUUGUUAAAGACAAAGAGAGGUCAGAGUAGAAUAGAAGUACAAUUUAAGUUUAAACAUCCACAGUGUUAAAAGGUAGUCAACUCUAUUAGAGUAAAAACUGUACAGAGAGAGAGAGAGUUAAUUUAGUAUAACAUUAGUUAUUUUAAUACUUUAAACCAGUGAAUGCAACAAAAACAGUGUAAAAUAAAAAUAAAAAAUACAGUUACAGAAACACUUUCAAUAGUGUAACAUUAGCUCGGUGUAGUGUGGGACAAUAUAGACACUGAAUGAAAAAUGUAACACUAUUAGGGUUGAUUUUAAAACUUGCAAUUUUGCUGUGUAGAUACAUAAUGUGUGUAUAUCAUGGCAGGGGAUGACGAAGUGAUGAAAAGCAGAAUAUUUACAGUAUAUGAGAUAAGUCAUUGAGAUUUGGUAUUUUAUUAGGAUCCCCAUUAGCUGUUGCGAAAGCAGCAGCUAGUCUUCCUGGGGUCCACAAGGAAAUGGAAUAUGAAUUGAAAUACUGUAUGUCUACAUUGUUGAAGAUAACCAGUUCUUUAUCCAUAGUGCAUUGAAUAUCUUUCAUUAAGAUAUUGAGAUCUUCCAUAUUGAGUUAAAUUUGAGCUGAUUUGGCCAUUAUUAUUUUUAUUACUAGGUUGUCCCUGUCAUUUCCUUUUAUUGUUAACUAGUGGUGGCUAAAGUUAGCUGAAGUUUGUAGUGGCUGUUUAAAGAAAACCGAAGCAUGGAUUACAGUUUCUGCUGGCCUAAAGAUUACUCUCAGGGUGAGGAACCAUCUAACAUCAAGUUGUAAAACGUCCCCUUUAACCUGUGUUCCAGGGGUACGACAGUCAUCUCUGAUUGAGACCGGCUCAUUUUAGCUUAAGAUCACUUUAUUAGGAUUCCGGAAAAUUCUGAAAUUCAUCAAGGAUGAGUAUGGAAACCCGUCUCUCUACGUCACAGAAAACGAGGUCUUGGAACGAGGGGAAGUGUCCCUGGACGACUACUACGGGACUCAUUACUAUGAAAACUGUAUUAACCAGGCCCUAAAAGGUACAGUACAAGAACACCGUAUUCAUAGCAGCUAUGGAACUGAUAUGUCUCAUGAAUUAUAAUUUUUCUGAUACACAACUGCUUUUUCAAGUUAAGCCCUCAUAAUUUUUUAUUUAUUUCCAAAAUUAUCUUGUAGUUUUCAUGAUUUUAUUAAAUUGUAUUAAUUUAAUUUAUAACAUAUAAUACAUAUUGUAAUUUUUUUGUGUAACUGUCAAUUAUAUUUUUUUCCAGUUUAGUUUUCUUAGUCACAAUAUAGCCCUUAUUCGCUAUAUGUUUUGUACCCUCUUUACAGCACCUUUGCUGGAUGGGGUGGAUCUUCGAGGCUACACAGCCUGGUCUCUGAUGGGCAAUUUUGAGUGGGCUGCAGGGUAUUCUGAAAGAUUUGGCCUGUUCAUUGUGAACCGUUCUGACCCCAAACUUCCACGCGUAGCCAAGAGCUCUCCUGCCCGCUACGCCACUAUCAUCAAAUGCAAUGGCUUCUCUGACCCCGCACUGGGGCCUCACGAGUGUUUGAAUCCUGAGCCUGAAGGUAGAGUGAAACUUACUUUCGUAAGAUAA